GUGGGCACAGGUGGGUGGCACUGGUGGGCACAGGUGGGUGGCACUGGUGGGCACAGGUGGGUGGCACUUCUGGGCACAGGUAGGUGGCACUGCAGAGUGGCACAGGUGGGUGCACUGCUGGGCACAGGUGGGUGCACUGCUGGGCACGGGUGGGCGGAGCUAGUGGGCGCACUGCUGGGCGGAACUUGCGGGUGUCACUGCUGGGCACCGAUCAUCAGGGCACUGAUCAUCAGUGCCCUGAUGAUCGGUGCCGAUGCCCGCUCUGACAACUGCCGGUUCUCGGCAGUACUUUCCUCACGAUCUGACAGCGUGAGGAAAGUGCAGCCGAGAACCGGCACUUGC